UAGGCUCUGGUCACGUAAUUCGAGUAGAUUAGUAGAAAAGACAAAAGACUUUUGUCAAAAAAUUUAUCAUAUGCUUUCAAAAUUAACUUAAAGUAGAUAAAUAAAAAAUGGGUUCACAGCAAGUGUUUUGGGAAAAACUCAAAGAUAAAUAUGAAGAAAAAAAUCGAAAUCUUCAACAAAGAGAACAAGAACUGCGGCUCAAAUUAGAAGCAAUGGAUGCAAUUCUUGUAAACUGCAGUGGCAGAAAAGCAAACGAAGUUAUACCAGCCACGAAUACAACACCCACAAUAAAUCCUGUACCAACUCCUAACGUAAUACCAACAACCAGUAGUAUACCAGUUACCAACAAAGUACAAAGAACGAACUACAUACCAGCUGCAAAAGUAAUGCCUGCAAUGCCAACAACUGAGUCCUUACCAAUAACCAACAUAGUACAAAGAACGAGCUACAUGCCACCUACAAAGGUAAUGCCAGCGGUGCCAACAAUUAACUCCCUACCUGAUUAUAAAAUAGUACCACCAACUUCUGGUAUUCCAGUAACGACUUCGGUACCAACUACAGCCUCUGUACCUGUUAACAACCCUAGACUUCCGUCGGUUUCCUCUAGAAGAGAAAAUGAACAAAUAAUUAGUCUACAUCCCUCAGUGAACGUCGAUAAACCUAGUCCCCCACCUCAAGAAAAAGGUGGAAUUUUUCACUGUUUCUUUUCUCUAUUCGGUUCUUCCAAAGAAAGGCCACAAGCUCAGUCAAUAUCUCAGGCAGUUCCUCAAGAAUUAGCUGAGAGUAUCCAGCCUGGUGCGGUAGCUGAAUUAUCAACUCCCGGAGAUAUGCCUACUAGAGAUGAUCAACAGUUCGGUCCACAACCUGAGUUGUGUGGACCUAAUAAACAAUUUAUGUAUAAAAAUCAAAACUGCAUGUGCAACCCUUGUGUAGCUGAUGUGGAAAAUGUACAACCUACUAGUACUACUCAGAAUGUUCAAGAACAAAAUAUGACGAGGGACGAUGAACAGUGCCUGCGUGAUGAAAAUUUUGUAUAUAAAAUCGAAAGUUGCACAUGUGAUCCCUGCGAAGUAGAAAUUAUUGACGAACCAUCCUUCAACAGCCCACAAAAUAUUCAGCAGCAAAACCAACAAAAAAGUAUACAACCCAGAAGCAUUGGAAACGGAAACGAAUGUAACUGUAGCACUUGCAGCAGAUACAGCAUUCCUGGUGCGAGUGGUGGGAAACAGUGUCCUUGUAAUUACAUAAACGUCGCCGACAGUUCUGUCAAAAUCACUGGAAACGGAAACAGAACCGGAAACGGAACCGGAACAGGAAACGAAAACGGAUGUAACUGUAGCACUUGCAGCAAAUACAGCAUUUCUGGUGAGAAACAGUGUCCUUGUAAUUACACCGAAGGCUUCAACAAGCCGGCCGUUUAUUCUCAUGGAUUAGCUGCAGCUUUUACUAAUGUUGGUUCUCCCAGCAAACUGUCAUUAAAAUCCAUGGAUCUUUAUUACAUGAAAAAUAUUCAUGACUUGGCAAGUCAACAGAAAGAUUUGUUAAAACACGUGAAUGACCUCGAACAAAAAGCAAAAAUUUAUGACAAUGUCUUUGGAGAGUAUAAAAAUGUCGAUUUUUCUUCAAAAACGAAAUCUACAUGUCCUUGCCCUUGUGCAGACACUACGACGUCAUCAGAUUCCAACCAAAAAACAAAUGCCGAAUUAAAAUUAGAGAACUUCUUGUUAAAAAAUGAACUGAAAGAUAUGCGAUUAGAAGUGAGGCAGUAUUUGGAACGCAUGGAGGGUCCUAUGCAAUUUAAAAUAGAAAGUGAAAGGUAUAAACGUGUACAGCUAGAACAAAAACUUGAAGAAGCUGCAAAAGAACUUAUAAAUGUGCAGGAGUUAUAUGAAAAAGAAAUGAAUUCUUUGAAACUGCAAUUAUGCAACGCAACUACAAAUCUUUACAAUUUGAAUGCAAUGAACGAUCAAAUGACGCAAGAACUUCAGAUGUAUCAGAAAAAAUGUGCCAAAUUAGAGAAUGAUUUAAUACGUCAGAAAAUAAGUGAAGCUGAAACGAUUAAAAGUCUACAGGCAGCUUUAUCUGCUCAGGCUAAUGUUACUGGUGUUAUUAAAGAUGAAUGUGAUCUUCACCAAAUUGCCAGAGAAUUAAGCAAAAUUUUGAGAGAUUGCGAACCUUGUGGUGACUGUGUGAAUUUACCAGAAGAUUUGACUUCCGCUGCAAAGUUACUGAAAAGUCUCACCGACAUUGUUGAUCUUAAACUCAAUAAAGCCGAAGAGGAUACAGAGGAAUGUAGAUGUCUAGAGAAGAAAACAGAUGUAAUAAAAGUCACUUCGGAUGAUGCAGGCGACGCAACACGUGAUACGAAAGCUAAAGAUUUUGAUGGAGUUGGAGUUUUACAAAUACAAGCUGUACAGGAAAUAACGAGUGUACCAAUAAUUGGAGAAAAAACGUCACGAACAUCAAAAACAUCUUCCGUUAAACGGGCAUCUCUAAUUAUAACAGAAGAAACGCCACCUCGGGUUGAAGAAAAAGCCUCAAGAAUAUCAAAAACUUCAUCUACAAAACAAGAUUUACCAAAUGCUAUUACAGAUGUCCCUCAUAUUGAAAAGAAAACGUCACGUUCAUCAAGAACUUCAUCUGGAAAACGAGACGUUAUUGAUGAUACCCCACAGCAAAUUGAAAAGACUGCUUCUAAAACGUCAAAAUCAUCCGUUAAAAGAGAUUCAUUAAUUAUUACCCCAGCAGGGCCACAAAUUGAAGAAAGAACUUCUAGAACUUCAAAAUCAUCUCUUAAAAAAGAUUCUUUAAAUAUUAUUCCAGAAGUGCCACAAAUUGAAGAAAGAACUUCUAGAACGUCGAAGUCAUCGCUUAAAAAAGAUUCAUUAAGUGUUGUUCCAAAGGCGCCACAGAUUGAAGGAAAAACAUCGAAAACUUCAAAGACAUCAUCUGCUAAAAUAGAAGCUCCAACCGCUGUUCAAGCAGAAGGAGAUCCCCAACCAAAGGAACCCGAAGGCGAGAAACAGGAAUAUACGACACCAACAGGUGGUGAACCAACUCAGAAAACCAGUUUACCACUAGAUACAGAAGCAAAAAGCGAAAAAAGCACUAGAAGCUCUGUAAUAUUUGAUGAUACACCAAUGAUUCAGGCCAUUGGGUCCUCAUCUAGACCAAAAAUAUCUUGUACAUGCAUAAAACCGAAAAUACAGAAAGAAGUUGAUCAACUUUGGCCAAAAACUGAAGGUCCUGUAACACUGAAAGAUAGUGACAUACUUGAUGUUCCAACUGCGACACCUAAAAAAAAGACGUGUGAAUGUGGCAUAUCUAAAAAACUGAAAGAAACAGAAUCGCAACAGCAUAAAUUGGAAAAUCAACCUGUGGGCCCUACAGGUAAAAAGGUAUGCAAAUGCGGUGCACGAGAUGAAGGAAAAACCGUGAAACUGCAGCCUACGGAGAUUGAAGAAUCGAAAGGUGAUGAAGUAAAUCAGUUGUGGCCGAAGUCCUCUGAACGAUUUAAAAUGUCUCAUCAAGUGACGGCUUCGAAAAGUAAAGACCUUCUUAAGUCAGCAACAUCUAUUAAAUGUUUGAAAGUAAAAGAAAACUUCCCGUUCGACAUUGAUACGCAAGUUGACGUGCUCAACAAACCUCCUGAGGGAGUGCAUGUCACAACCACUAUUACUGAUUCCGGCACUUUAGAAGUAAUAACCGAAGGACCUGAAGGUGUUAUCGAAACUACUUUAAUUUACACUAACUCUGGGAACGUGGAGGUAGUAACUGAAAUUCUUGAAUAUCAGGGAGGAAAAAAAGGAAAAUCUGCCAAGCUAGGCAAAUCGAAGCAUCAAGCCAUCGAAGGUCCACAAACCGCCGUAGCGGCUAUUGAAGAUCUUCAAACUACAGCGCCAAAAACUGAAGGUGCGACGUCAGGUGUUAAAAAGCCGGAAAGUGGUACAGCUGCUACAGCUGGUAUCAGUCCCGACUGCCGGUGCACAGAUUGUCCAGUUUUGAUAUUUAACCCAGACAUAGCAGGCAGUCAGAUUAAUACAAAAGCUUCAACGCCAGAUAGUAAAACAGAACCAACAACAGAAUUUUCUGCUCCCCAAGCUGAUCAGCCUACAGAAAUGAAAACCAAUCAAAUACCAGAUAAUCAACCUGAUCAGGCAGCUGAACCGGAAGUUAUAACUACAGAAAUAGUUCAAGAAACUGGAAACGUUGACAACGCAAUGGUUGUUGCACAAGCAUCAGAUGCAGACAAAGAAGUUGUUAAAGCUUUGUCAUUAUCUAUGCAUGUGCAAAAUCCAGAUAUGUGAAGAACCUCCGUUCCAAGUGAAAAAUCGUUAGUGAGUUAAAGUUACGCUAAAAAGUUUUUCUGUACCUACAUGAAUUUCAAUAAAAAUUUG